AUGAAUCAACAGGCCGAUCUCUACUUCCCGCCAUACGCGAUGAACACGGCAAACCGGUCGCCCCGCUCCUCAAGACCGGGUUACAACACCACAACUGGUCAUCCAAGCCUCAACCGUUUGGACCAGCGGCAGAUGGACCCUAUCGGGCAAGCGCCUGCCGCGCUAUUUGCUACCGAUGAUCGCUUCGGCACGUAUGACGCCGGCGUCUUCCGGCAGAACAGGAUGCAGCCCACGCCAGGCUUUGCUGCUGAUGGCUUCAUGGGAAACUCGCAGCCAUGGACCUACAAUUCCGGCGCAAGCACCGUUACCGGAGCUCUGGGUGAAGGAAGGCUUCGCCCAGGGGCUCGAAGAGCAGCAAUCCCGUCGGAGUGGACCAUGGCCGAGCAACCCGGCCUCGGAGCCCAACCCGCUCUCUCCGUGCCCCCGGCCCAAUACUCGACCAUGCCGAACUUCAACCCGGCCAUGAACCUUAUGAACGGCGACGGAGUCUUCCCGGGCGAUCGUCAUGGCUAUCCGACCGACAUGUACGAUCCUCGACACGAGCACAAGACGCUGGGCAACGAUUUGAUCCCCACGGCGAUCGUGAUCAAAAACAUUCCGUUCAACGUGAGGAAGGAGAUGCUCACGUCCAUCAUGUCGGAGUUGGGCCUGCCGCAGCCGUAUGCGUUCAACUAUCAUUUCGACAACGGCAUCUUUCGCGGGCUUGCUUUCGCCAAUUUCCAGAGCCCGAUCGACACGCGGACCGUGAUCGAGCAGCUGAAUGGCUACGAGGUCCAGGGCAGAAAACUGAGGGUCGAGUACAAGAAGAUGCUGCCCGAGCAUGAGAGAGAGCGGAUCGAGCGGGAGAAGAGGGAGAAACGCGGUCAACUGGAAGAGCAGCACCAGCCCAUAACGCUGCACUCGCAAUCAUCGAUGCAUUCGCUCAACGCUGCGCACAGAUCAGCAUCUCGGAAUUCGCCGUUGCGUAAGUUAGGCAAGAGCGAACCCAGGAGAGGCGCGGCUACUGAUCAGCAUACGACUGCAGGAGAUGUGGAUUUGAACAACCCGGAUACGCUGAGCUUCUACACGGAACUGAUGCUUUUCAAGAGUGAUCCCAGCCGCGAGAUCAUCGUUUUUCCUAGCACCAUCACUCCCCAGCAGCGGCGGACCGUGCAUAUCCUGGCACACAACAUGGGACUGGAACACCGGUCUGUGGGCGAGGGCCAACACCGACAGAUCCAUGUCAUCAAGGAUACCGGGGCCACACCGGCGAUUCAUAUGCCUCCCGGUGUCUCUGCCGAUGCUCAUCGUCGGGGCUUGAGCCGCGCCGCCACCAUUGACUUCGCCGAGACGCGGGGAAAUGCUCCAGGCCAGUUCAAUACCCUGGGCAGGCAAGGCCGGCACGGCCCAACGUUGGAACUUCCUGAUAGCCCCGACGGUGGUAUGAAUGCGUUGCGUGGCGUCAAGUCAUUCGCGGACCUGCGCUCCUACACCCCAAGCCCGUCCCUUUCGACCUCGGGUUACCCGCAGGGGAGCACCGUCCACGCCCCGAACGUGGCUCAGUAUGGCGAAUACAGCGCCAGCCUCGGCCAACCCAGCGCGUUGACAACCCCGACUACUCCGGGGACUUCAUCGAAUCAUGAUCCGUCCAUGCUGGUCAACGACCUCGCGUCAAUGAACCUGGGCGAGCCGUUCAAUGGCGGCCGGCUGCGCCCUCGGGAAACCCCCGGCGCGAUCGGUAGCCAGCGGCCGAGCUUGAACGGAAACAGCACGCGCAGUGUGCCCGAACGCCAACCCCACGGGCCGAGCGGCGAUUGGGGCGAUAAUAUGGGCUUUGCGGGACGGAGCCGGACCAACGGUCACAACCACCGGGGCAGCGACUCAUCUGACAACGGAGUUCGGACGACGUCUUCCUCGGCGUCGAGGUUUUAG